UAUCACUGUCUAUUUAAAAAUUAAGAAUUGUUUAAGAUUUUAAGCUUUUUAUAGACUGUUUUUCUUGUAAUUACUGGUUUGGUUUUAAUUUUAUACAAACCCAGUGACAAACACCUGGCAACUCAGUUCUUACUUCAGCAGGAAUGAAAGUUAAACUAAUCUGUUCCUGUUCAGUUGGGAAGUGGAUCUGUUUUAUCUGCGUUUGAGGGUUUUUACGUCGUCAUAUGCAGGAUUAUUAUCAUUAUCUGUUUUUGAGAACCUUUGUGUGUUUAUUUUGUGCAAUAUAAAUCAGGUGAGUCAUUUAUUCAGACACACCUGUGUUACACAGAACUUUUAUAAACUGAACCAGGAAGUGUGAGCUGUUGUAAGUGACUGUGUGAGUUUGUUUUUCAGUAAAAUGGCAGAAGCGAAUAUUUUAGGACUUCAGGAUCAGUUCAGCUGUCCAAUCUGUCUGGAUCUGGUCAAGGACCCAGUAACUCUUUUGUGUGGACACAGUUUCUGUAUGGUCUGUAUUAAUGGCUGCUGGGAUCAGGAGGAUAAGCAGGGAGUCUAUAGCUGUCCUCAGUGUAGACAAACCUUCACUUCAAGACCUGUUGUAAGUAAAAACACCAUGCUGGCUGAAGUAGUGGAGACACUGAAGAAGACAGGACUCCAAGCUCCUGCUCAUUGUCCAUCUGGACCUGAAGAUGUGGAGUGUGAUUCCUGCACUGAGAGUAAAUCCAAAGCUAUCAAGUCCUGCCUGGUGUGUCUGGCCUCUUUCUGUGAAACUCAUCUCCAGCCUCACUAUAAAUCUCCUGCCUUUAAGAAGCACAAGCUGGUCGAAGCCUCCAGACGACUCCAGGAUCAGAUCUGCUCUCAGCAUGACAAACUGCUGGAGGUUUACUGUCGCACUGACCAGCAGUGUAUCUGCAUGUUGUGUACUAUGGAUGAACAUAAAGGACAUGAUACAGUAUCAGCUGCAGCUGGACAAGCUGAGAAACAGAGGCAGUUGUUGGAGAAACAGGAAAUAUCCAAGCAGAGAAUCCAGGAUAGAGAGAAGGAGCUUCAGAAGCUGAGAGAGGCUGUCGAGACUCACAAGCAUUCUGCACAAACAGCAUUUCAGGAAACUGAGAGGAUCUUUACUGAUCUUAUAAAAGCAAUUGAACGAAGAUGCUCAGAGGUGAAAGCACUGAUCAGAGCUCAGGAGAAAACUGAAGUGAGUCAAGCUGAAAAGGUCAUGAAGCAACUGGAGCAAGAGAUUGCAGAGCUGAAGAAAAGACACUCUGAGAUUGUGGAGCUUUCACACACACAAGAUCCUGUGUGUUUCCUCCAGAGUUUUCAGUCCGUAAGGGCUUAUCCUAGAUCUGGACUUUUACCCAUCAUCAGUUCUCAUCUUACUUUUGAGGAUGUAGUAAAGUCUGUGUCUCAUCUGAGAGAUAAAGUAGAAGAAUGGAGUACAGGGAAGUUUGGCAAAAUAUUAAAUGAAGUCAGAUGUGUCUAUAUGUUUCGUGAACCCCAAAUCAGAGAAGAGUUUCUAAAAUAUUCCUGUCAGUUGAGAAUGGAUCCUAACACAGCUAAUAAACAUCUCAUUCUGUCUGAGGAGAACACGGUGGUCACCAGCAUGACAAAAGAUCAGUCAUAUCCUGCUCAUGCUGAGAGGUUUGACUCUCAUCUCCAGGUGUUGUGUAGUGAGAGUGUACGUGAACGCUGUUACUGGGAGGUGGAGUGGAGCGGGGAUAAUGGGAUUUCUAUAGCAGUGGCAUAUAAAAAUAUAGGCAGGAAGGGAAACAGUAAGACCCCAACCAGUCUGGCUUUAAAGCAGCUCAUUCCACAGAGACAGCCCUUUUAGAUGUCUCUGAGAAACUACAUGCUGCUAGAUCAGCCAAUCUCUCAUCUGUCCUUAUCCUCCUUGACCUUUCAGCAGCGUUUGAUACGGUCAACCAUAAGACUCUCUUAGCCACCCUCAGGAGUCUUGGGAUAUGCGGAUCAGCUUGGGAAUGGUUCGCUUCCUACCUGGAAGGACGCUCAUAUCAGGUAACAUGGAGGGGAGUGACAUCUGCUCCACGCAGACUCUCCACUGGCGUCCCACAAGGCUCAGUACUUGGUCCUCUUCUUUUCUCCCUGUAUACUCACUCUCUUGGUGAAGUUAUUUCCUCACAUGGGUUCUCUUACCACUGCUAUGCUGAUGAUACACAACUUAUCUUCUCUUUCCCACCCGCAGAUGCCACAGCUUCUGACCGGAUCUCUGCAUGUCUGGCAGAAAUUUCAUCAUGGAUGACUGCUCAUCAGUUAAAGCUUAAUCCUAGCAAAACUGAGCUGCUCUUCAUCCCAGGUGAUUCAUCCCCAGGUCAUGAUCUUGCUAUAUCCUUGCACAACGAUCUGAUCUCCCCUUCAGCCACAGCUCGCAACCUUGGGGUAACCAUGGACAAUCAACUGUCCUUUUCCUCUCAUGUUGCUAAUGUGACUCGCUCAUGUCGGUUUCUUCUCUACAACAUUAGAAGGAUUCGACCAUUUCUGUCCACACAGGCUGCUCAGGUACUUGUUCAGUCUCUUGUCAUUUCUAGACUGGAUUACUGCAAUGCACUGCUGGCAGGUCUACCUAUGAACGCAAUCCGUCCUCUGCAAAUGAUCCAAAAUGCAGCUGCCCGGCUUGUUUUCAACCUGCCAAAGUUCUCUCAUACCACCCCGCUGCUGCGAUCCCUCCACUGGCUUCCGGUAGCUGCACGCAUCAGAUUCAAAACACUGAUGCUGGCCUACAAAGCCAAAAAUGGACCAGCUCCCUCUUACCUCAAAGCCCUCAUCACUCCUCGCACUGCACCCCGCACCCUCCGAUCUACCAGCACUGCUCGACUGGUUCCACCAUCUCUCAGGGUAAGAGGCAAAUAUACUACAAGACUCUUCUCUGUACUGGCACCAAGGUGGUGGAACGAACUUCCCCUAGAGGUCCGGACAGCUGAGUCACUGGCUAUUUUCAAGCGGCGGUUGAAGACCUACUUAUUCAGGAAACACUUCAACUAGCACUUUCAUUAUCUUUUGCAUUUAAAAAAAAAAAAAAAAAAAAAAAAACACACCUUUGACACUUU